AUGCUCGCUGUUUCAGCUUUCGAUGCAGUUAUCGCGUCCGAGAUAAUAGAACACACCGCCGAUGCGGAGCUUUUUGUCGAAUCGUGUGCUCGUCUGGCGCGCCGAGGUGGUGUUCUAUUCUUUACGACCAUCAAUAAAACUGUUGCAAGCCGGGUAUUGGCUAUCUGGUUAGCUGAGAAGAUACUACGAAUUGUUCCAUCAGAUAUUCAUGACUGGUCAAAGUUCAUUGAACCUUCGUUAUUACGAAUGAUUUUGGAAGAAAAUGGAUGUAACGUUCGUUUAAUACACGGCAUGGCUUAUAACCCUUUCAUGAAUCGUUGGUCUUGGACUGAAAGUACAGCAGUUAAUUAUGCUUUAGUUGCAAUCAAAAGCUGA